UCAGGCUCUGACUUGGUAAGAAUUAGGAUUAUCCUUCAGUGUCAAUUUGGCAGGACAGGCACCAAUGACAAACUUCUGACAUCGAUAAAGUUUGGAGUUUCUUCCCAACACAACCUCUCGAUGGGUGCCAACGCCGUCACCACUUUCUGAUAGCAAAACAAUUUACUACUGAACAUGUACCAAAGCUGUGACAAGAUAAAAAAGAAGAGUGUUUCUUACGCAAAGCAUGCUGGAGAGGUAACAACGUUGUGAAACGUUUCUCAGAACACAAUUGUACAGUGUUUCUGGAUAGGCACCAACGCUGUGACACAUUUCUAAGAUUAAAAUAGAAAAGUGUUAGAUAAUCAACGCAUGCUUGACCAGUGCCCGCGCUGUGACAAAAUCAAAGAUGGCAAAAGUUUUAACUGUUGUGGCAGUUUUGUUGAUGUGGUUGACUCAAGUGUCCAUGACUUGUACCGAACUUUCAGAGCGACUGUCCAGCGGUGUGUUCCAGAAACUACGUCUGCUGAAGUCCACCUAUGUGGUGUUGUCCUCUCACACCCAGUACCACUGUGCCAUGCAGUGCAUGUAUGAUACUAUUUGUGCCUCCUUCAACUACGACACCACGACGUCUUCGUGUGAGCUGAACAACGUAACAUCCACCACCACGCCUGAUCAGGUAGUCAACACACCUGGAUGGAUUAACGCCAAUGCGGACAGCUUUCCACAGGCACUUAUCGGGUCAUGUGCGGGCCACACUUGCCCCCGGGGAAGCAUCUGCACCCAGGGCACCGCUCAAUGUAUAAAACGUGGGCGUUGUGUGCAGAUCGAGAGUGGGAAGGCUUUCUACAGAGGAAUACACAACGUAACCAGGGAGGGCCGGACAUGUCAGCGAUGGGACUCCCACACACCCCAACAACACUACGGUAAGAACGACUCGCCCAACAACAUGCAGUCAGUCACCAGUAUGGCGGAGGCGGGCAACAGGUGCUUGCCUGAGUUCAACGACACCAUACCGUGGUGUUACACCACAGAUCCCGCACUGCGCUGGGAACACUGCAGCAUACCGAGUUGUUAGGAUGUUGCCGACGUCACUUGGAACACUGCAGCAUACCGAAUUGUUAGGAUGUUGCAGACGUCACUUGGAACACUGCAGCAUACCGAAUUGUUAGGAUGUUGCAGACGUCACUUGGAACACUGCAGCAUACCUAAUUGUUAGGAUGUUGCAGACGUCACUUGGAACACUGCAGUAUACCGAAUUGUUAGGAUGUUGCAGACGUCACUUGGAACACUGCAGUAUACCGAAUUGUUAGGAUGUUGCAGACGUCACUUGGAACACUGCAGUAUACCGAAUUGUUAGGAUGUUGCAGACGUCACUGGGAACACUGCAGUAUACCGAAUUGUUAAGAACUAUCAUGAUAACAGGGUCGCAAGUGUCGUUAUAUUUUUAAUAUGAAAUGUAUUUGUAUUUCGAAACAAAAUCCUAAAUAUGGCAUUAUUUAUUAUAGUGUGCAAAGUCAUUUAGGCGUAUCAGAAAUGUCGGUGUGGAUUUCUUUGAAGUAGAUCCCGAAAAUAAUCAUUAUCAAAUGUCCCGUAGUUGACAUCAGACUACGUUACUCUUUCAUCAUGGAACCGUGCGGAGCUUGGGCUAUUUUGUGCCAGCCUUAAAAAUGACAAGUCAGUUUCCUUUAAAACAAUAUCCAGAGAAAAAUGCUAAAAAUAUUAAAUAUAUUACCAAACAAAAUUGUUUUAAGAAACCACACAUACACAAUACCAGUAUCACUGUAAUUCCAUGUCCAACAUUUUUAGUUUCAGUCUCUCGGCCUCUGUCGGUGACUCCACCCCACUAGGAUUCUGCUGAAGUUGCUGACGCCGAACUUUGGCAGAUUUCUGCCGCUCCUUGAACUUUUCAACUUUCUGCUGUCGCUCAGUUUCAUUUUUCCGCACUUGCUCAUUGUGACGUUUUUCCUUUUCUUCGAGUUUAAGGCUCAAAGCCUCCAGUUCGAGUGGCGGCAGUCUCGAUGCACGUGCAGCAUGUGGAUUUGCGUCCUCGUCAAAGUCAAGGUCAUAACUUGUGCCGCAGCUCGUUUGUCGAACGAUCCCCAACUGACGCAGCUCACGAAGAACCACAUCCGGGUUCUGCUGCUCCUCGGAUCCAGCUCCGAGAAUUCCCUCCCUCUUCAGCUCCUUUCGGAUGGCACCGCCUUGUAGUCCUAGUUUCCCAUAUCUCAGAGGUCCAAGUGAAGGCCCCAUUUUCCCAUCGCUCUUCUCUAGACAUUUGUCCAUCGGAUGUUCAUAGGAAGGCAAUUUCGGAUACUGUAAGAUAUGAUUCAGCUCGUGUGGGCGUCUAUUCUGUAAACUAGAGGAUGCAUCACACAUCAACCAAGGUGACGGGGUAUUCAAACGAACUUUCACUCUUCCCAACUCUCUCUUGUCCGAUGUGUCAGGGUCCAGUAACGGAGAGCGAAGCAGAUGCCCUGUUUCACGAGGCUUCAAGGGACCUGACAUACUUUCUGGGUCUUUACCUUUGAGCGUAAUGUCUGAUACUUCUCGGAAUAUAUUCUGGUUAGUGACAUCUCCCUUGUUUGUCUCUUGAGUAUUAGAUGAAUUGUCAGCGAUGAUAUUCCCUCGUGUUGUUACUGGACUUGGAGCCAUCCACAUUAGAUCUGAUGCAUCUUUUAUGUGGCCGUAGGUCUCUCUCGCUGCCAUUAAUAACUGAGGGGAGCCCGCCUUUCGAUGGUUCUCUAGUCCAACUAAACACUUAUCCUUUCCAAAACGUGUGGCACGGCGGGGCGCUUUAUCCAUAACUAAUUUUGCUGUAUUUCUCAGCGGUGUCUUUUCAUAAACGUUGGAUAUGCACGGUUUUGUUGUCACAUGAACCGCGUCACAGAUAGCAUCAUUCAUUGCAAUCCUAUUAAAACUAUUACCUGUAGAAAGAGUAUUCACAAAUCCUUCAACGAUGGUAUCCCUCUCAGAAUCAAUGCUAUACACAUUCACGGCGCCAUGGUCUUUGCCCCCUCUUAAUUCAGGUGUUCCACAUUCCCGGCCUUCCUUUGAAGACGCAGACCCCAUUACAACAAAUGAUCAAAGAAUUCUAUUUACAGCCAUCACUUAUCAGUGGAACUGAACAUUCUAGACUAUCGGCUAUGGCUGUUACAUGAAUUCAUCGUGACGUCAUCGUUAUUGUGUGAGACGUCACAUCCUAACUCAUGACGUCAUCGCUCUGUGCAUUGUUGCUAACGUGACGUCACGACAAUCUUGAUUUAUUAUCUUGAUGGUGACAGAUGCAGGGGCCGCGUGAUGGGUGCGGCCGCAGGUAAAGCGAAAACCCCGAGAAAUGGGAAAACUUGGUGCGAUCCUGUACAAGAGGUAUCUAUCAAAUCCGAACUGGCUGAGACGAAAGUCAUUCCAAGCACGACAACUGUUGCGCGAAAGUGUGAAAUCAAGCCUCUUGUUCGUACACAUGACGUUCUCCAUAACCGGAGCAAUUCACGCCCGGUGAGGAGCACACGUGCUUUAAAGAACAAAAUCAUGCAGUGUUCGCAAGAGAACAACGCUAUGAAUACGACCCGCUCCGUCUGCUCGGAGCGAGAACAUGAGCGGCCACCAUUAACCUCGUCUGGCAGCGCCGGGUCCUUCUGCAGAAGCACGAUUCAAGACAGCAGGCCUGCCGUGAAGAAAAGAUUGGAGGAUAUUCCUGUCUCUCGCAUGUGGCGUGAACAAUGCGUAGGGGAGAUCACACACACGAAAGUAGUCACUCAUGCAAGCAAUGCGCAGAAGGAAAGCCUUUCCGUGCAAAGGAAACCAAUGGGUAUGGACGAAUCCAUUCUAAAGGACAUUGAUGAAAUCGAGAGCAACUAUAUGGCUGGACAAAAAGCUAUGCAGACACACCCUUGGUCAUAUCACAAUCGCGUGAAGGCUCUCGCCGUGGAAGUCCAAAAAGCAAGCUCAGACCAAAGUGGACUUGACUCUGCUCCAAGUGAUAAUGCGAAGGGUCCCCCAGCGAGAACAGCUUCCGAUACUGGUGGAGAUAACUCUGGCUGCACUGGCACUGCUUCCGCCAACCAACAGCCGUCGGGGGUCUGCAGGCGGCCAGCCACGCCGGCUGAACCAACGUGGUUGAAGCCGCGUCAUCUCAGUGAUUACUUUGAGAAGCGUCGUUUUGGAGAAUGCGGUAGCAGAAGCAGUACUCCUCCUUCUUCUAAUGGAGGAGACCGGCGUUGGAUGCAGACCAUUCCAGACGGAGAGGAAUCCUCAUAUAGCCGCUCAGGCCAACCAUUUCCACGCAGAAGGGCCAGAAAGGACGUCGAAUUUCCAAGUUUUUUCACCUUCUGAGUUCAUAUUAAGCUAGCUUUGGAGGAUUAUAUUUUGAUGAUUUUUACAUGGUUAUUAUUAAUACUGUUUUACUUUUGAGGAAAUAUAUAAUGUUAAAUUAUUUCACAAAUAUUUGUUCCAUGUACAUUGAUAUUAUUAAAUGUAAUUAUUACAGAUGAAAUACAUAUUUGAUUAAAGUAUUCAUGAAGGUACUCAGAAUACAACGCAUCCAUAAACAGGUCAACGGAGGCCAGGUACACAGGAGUGCCGUUUAAAUCUGGUCUGAAUGUAUAUCUUAUAAAAAGAAUAAUACUGGAGGUGUUUUGCCCGAUAAUAAUACACCUGUUAUUUGUUAUCACGCCUACCUUGAAAUGUAUGUGGCUUGUAUAUUUAGCAUGAUAAAACCACGCCGUGACAUCAGCAUGCAUGUACAUAUCAAAGAUGCUGGAUAAUAAAUACUGUGAUAAUAUUCUGA